AACUCAGUUGUUUAGCCUGACAGUGCAGUGAAUGAGAAGAGAGUGAGGGAGAAAGGGAGACAGACUUUCUCUCUGUGUAUGAAUUACAGAUAAAGCAGCAGAAAAUCAUAUCAUCUUUUACAGGACUGGGUUUUUCUAUUGGAUUACAAACAAGAGACAUUUUCACAGAACACACAUACAAGCAUAAAUACUGGAGGCUGAGACGGGAGGGGUCAGGAGACACUGUGGCCCCAUCCGAUGACACCCCCGGACAGGGCCAAACAGGAAGGAUAUAACCCCACCCACUUUGCCAAAGCACAGCCCCCACACCACUAGAGGGAUAUCUUCAACCACCAGCUUACCAUCCUGAGACAAGGCCGAGUAUAGCCCACAAAGAUUUCCGCCAUGGCACAACCCAAGGGGGGGGCGCCAACCCAGACAGGAAGAUCACAUCAGUGACUCAACCCACUCAAGUGACGCACCCUUCCUAGGAACGGCAUGAAAGAGCACCAGGUAGAAAUGAAGCUUCUUGCGGCCAUAGCAGUGGUGCUCCUCCUGGUGGUGGGGGAGAGUAUGGCGGCCAGAGGCACAUCCAGGAGGACCAAGAGGGAGCUGAUGAGCCCGCUGCACAUGGGGGGAAUCAGGGACCCGUUUGGGUCGUACUGCGAGCGGAGAGGGGGCUGCUGCCCGGGCCGGGACGACCAGUGUACGGUGCCCUACCUGGACACCAUCUGUUACUGUGACCUGUUCUGUAACCGAACCAUCUCAGACUGCUGCCCUGACUUCUGGGGCCACUGUCUGGGCAUCUCACCCCCUUUCAUUGGCACCUGUGAAAGGAACAGCCACAAAUUCCUCUCAGGACAAACAUACAAAGAGAACUGCAACUUAUGUACGUGUGGAACAACUGGGCGUUGGGAGUGUGAGCAGCAUGCCUGUCUGAUAGAGAAUGACAUGAUCCAGGCUGUCAACAGAGGAAAUUAUGGCUGGCGGGCAGCAAACUACAGCCAGUUCUAUGGCAUGUCUCUGGACGAGGGCCUGAGGUAUCGCCUGGGGACACAGAGGCCCUCCAGGACCAUCAUGAGCAUGAACGAGAUGCAGCUGAAUAUGGACCCUCAGAAUGACCGUCUGCCUCAGUACUUCAACGCAGCAGAGAAGUGGCCUGGAAAGAUCCACGAACCUCUGGACCAGGGCAACUGCGCUGCCUCCUGGGCCUUCUCCACUGCAGCGGUGGCAUCUGAUCGAAUCUCCAUCCAGUCGAUGGGUCACAUGACCCCUCAACUGUCGCCGCAGAACCUAAUUUCCUGUGAUACACGCAACCAAGGGGGCUGUGCUGGAGGCCGUAUCGACGGAGCCUGGUGGUACAUGAGGCGCAUAGGUGUGGUGACAGAGGAGUGCUACCCGUUCUCUGCUCCCCAGCAGACACCAGCAGAGGUGGGCCGCUGUAUGAUGCAGAGUCGCUCUGUGGGCCGUGGAAAGAGACAGGCUACUGCACGUUGCCCCAGCACACACACCUACCACAAUGACAUCUACCAGUCUACACCUCCCUACAGGCUCUCAUCAAACGAGAAGGAGAUCAUGAAGGAGAUUAUGGAUAACGGCCCAGUGCAAGCCAUCCUGGAGGUCCAUGAGGACUUCUUCGUCUAUAAGAGUGGAAUCUACAAACACACAGACGUCAGCUUCACCAAACCACCACACUACCGCAAACACAACACACACUCCGUCAGAAUCACAGGGUGGGGAGAGGAGAGGAACUAUGAUGGGACAACAAAGAAGUUCUGGAUCGCUGCCAACUCGUGGGGGAAGAACUGGGGGGAGAACGGCUACUUCCGUAUCGCUCGCGGUGAGAACGAGUGUGAGAUUGAGGCAUUCGUGAUCGGUGCGUGGGGUAGGGUCACUAUGGAAGACAUGCAGAGCCACCAUCACCGCCGACUCAAGUAGAGACAUACACUCCAGGAACUCAGCACCCUCUUCCCCUACCCUGAGGGAGCAGCUCAACUAGCCCCAGAGUGCCUACCCUUCAGCCCAUACCCUCUUCCCCUCCCUACCCUGGGGGAGCAACCCAACCAGCCCCUGAGGCCCUGCUCUUACUCCCUUACCCCCACGCCAAAAUUUGGGGGAACAACUCAACCAGUUCCCACUCUGACCUUUGGGGGAACCAACAACAACUACCCCAAGAACUUCAACUCUUAACCCCUUACUCCCUUGCACCCACCUCCACUUACGGCAGCCUAGGGGUUUUGAUACCCCAACCGCCCCCCCCAACACAACUCAAGGUUGAUGGCACCAAAACAAGCUCCAGGCCUGCAGGCGGAGAGAGGCUUCUCCACACAGCCUCUUCUGGCUUCAGGACACAGCAAUAAGCUGACUCAUUAUCCCAAAGACCAUCCUUCCCAGACUCCUCAGCUUCGGCCUGGCAUAGACUGUCUACUUCCUACUUCUGUUCUUAAGUCUUCACUUCCACUGCUAUAAUGAUGAAAGAACUGUCUUGAUCUGAACUCUCUCACUCUCCUCUUUCUCAUUGUGUAGCUCUUCAUUUGGCUGCCAUGACAGGUGGCUAUCUAUCUCUGGUCUUAGUUAACCCUCUCUCUGUGUUUCUCUGUUGUUGUGUAUUUUGAAAGCCAACCCCUUAGGGACAGAUUGGGAUGGGGAGAACCAGAGUGAUAGAGGGGUAGAUGAUACAGGCACCAGACUGGGCAGUUCCCACAACAAGAGACGAUAGAAACUAACAAUCUACUACAGUUUAGUUUAACGUUAUCACUAACUCUUAGUCUAGCUACUUACAUCGCUGAUUAAUGUAUUCCUAUUACUGUCAGCAGAUCUAGUGCAGUUGCAGUAGCCAUGCAUAUCUUCACAUGUUCCAAAAAUGCAGAAUCUUACACUGGAAAGGGUGUUGGGCUAGAGGUAGGUGGGGUUGAGGGUUUAGUGAGCUGGGCAUUUGACCAAUAAUUCAUUUAAUUAAUUUAAUUAAUUAAUUUACCAAAUAUUGCUGUUUUCUUUUUAGGUUAAUUGCACAGUACAGUAUUGAGUUUAAGCAAAGCUCUGGAAGUGAAACUCAAUGCCAAAUUUCUCUUGAGUUUUCAGUACCACAUAAUCUAUCUGUUUAUGGAAGAGAUGGUGUCAAUCUUCCAAUGAUAUCAAAUCAACUUCGUUCUCAUGACCAUGACAGCUCUUGACUGAAAUCAACUGCUUGAACACAGCUUUUCAUUAGAAAUAAUAUUAGUGGAUCAGCCGUUUUAUAAAUAUCCCUUAUUACUAUUUAUAAAGUACGUAUAAAAGAAGAGAUGAAGCUUGUUUAAUAUGUGUGGAUGUGAUUGUAGCGAGCGAGGAGCUUAAAAAACAGCCUUUGAAAAACACAUGCCGUUUAUUAAAUCAACUGGUUGAUAAAAUAAUAAUGAAAUAAGUGCAGUUUUUUUGGGAGCCUCUGGUUGAAAGAUUAGACCCAUUGUGUAUUAUAGUCUUAAUCUAUUUCAUUCUGUGUAUUUACAUUUGAGUCAUUUAGCAGAGGCUCUUAUCCAGAGCAACUUACAGGAGCAAUUAGGAUUAAGUACCUUGCUCAAGGGCACACCGGCAGGUUUUCCCCCCACUUUCGCUGUGCCAGGGAUUCGAACCAGCAACCUUUUGGGUUACUGCCCAAUGCUCUUAACCACUAGGCUACAUGUACACAGUGUUAUGGUUAUGCUGAAAAUAUUCUUAUUAGUUGCUUUGAGAGAUGUUUGUCUCCCACACAAACUCCCCCAUCCCCUGACCAGCUGCUUUAAAGAAGGGGUGUCAAACCCAUUCCAUAAGAGGCCAUACGUCUGCUGGUUUUUUAUUUCAAUAAAGACCUAGAUGACCAGUUGAGGGGAGUUCCUUACUAAUUAGUGAACUUAAUUAAUCACUCAAGUACAAGGGAGGAGCGAAAACCCGCAGACAAUCAGCCCUCCGUGAAAUGAGUUUGGCACAUGUGCUUUAAAGGGUGCUCAGGGGGUGCAUAUUCUUCUGCAAAAACACACAUCAAUCAAAAGGUGAGGAGGUCACUGCACUCAGCUGCCAAAGUCUGUUCAGUGCUGUUUCAUUGUAGUUUUUUUUGUCAUUUUGAUGGUAUAAGCCUAAUAUCUCAGACACAACAUGCCACUAACACUGGGGUAUUUAGCAAUAGGCAUGUGUAGGCAUAUACAACAGACUCAUUGUGCCGUUUCAAAGGUUGUGCAUCUCCCCAAAAUGUUUAAGUAGGUAGCUCAAGCCUCAACUGAAGCCAGUGAACACGCAGGUUCUGAUAUACUAAUUUAACUUGAUAUAACUACCUUAUGUGAUGUUGCCCCAGGUUCUCUUUUUAUGUUGUCUCUCUAAUUUUGUUCAAAUUUGAAAUAUAGUUUUGUCAUUAGUUUUUAAUGUAUCAGAUUCCAGAGGUGCCAACAGUCCUUUCAGAGACCACAUCAUAUACAGUCUCACUCCACAAUAAACAGCUUGGCUUCCCAGAAGUGAUGUAUUUUCAACUGUGACACCUUUCCAAUAUGGCUUCCAGUUGUCACAUUGUUACUGUAACUCAGCCAAGGCUCCUAUAAGCCUACACCAUUUCAAGUAGGCCUUUAGUUUUAAACCCCCAUUACAACCAUCACCUCUGAGAAAAGGACAGAGGCGCAAGAAAACAGACGUGUGUGGAUGGACAAGCAAUGUUCAAUGUGGAGGAAGGUUAGGCUAUAGGAGGUAGGGCAGACAUAGCCGCAUGUUGUGUGAACCAUGCGGUCUACAGUAUAUUUACUUUCACUUCAAACGGAGCGAGAGAGGAUGAGUACGAUCAAAUGGGGGGAUGGUGAGGUGCAUCAUUGGUUCACGAGGCAUGACAGUACAGAAAGAAUGGAGAACAGAAGGAAGGUGGGGGUUGAGGGGGGGACUGGGGAGGGAGUCAACAGAGCUGAAAACGGAUACGAUGACAUCGUGUUGUUUAGAAAAAAGUACACCAGAAAACUUUACCACUAUUUAGGGCUUUGUUAAGCCAGUAUCGCUGAAGCGUUAUAGAACGCUCGAUUUUCUGCAAUAUGUAUUGAAUAGAGCCCUCAGUUGUGUUUUUCACUUGACUUUUAAUCCUUUAUAGGUUCUAACCCCUGAUGCUUCAAUAGUCACAUGAUGGACGGACUCAUGCCAAACAUAGCCACAGUUCACAGGAGGUUGGUGGCAACUUAGUUAGGGAGUACGGGCUUGUGGUAAUGACUGAAGCGGAAUCAGUGGAAUGUUAUCAAAUACAGUUGGAAACCAAGUGUUUGAUGCCAUUCCAUUCGCGCCGUUCCUGACAUUAUUAUGAGCCGUUCUCCCCUCAGUAGCCUCCACUGACAUAGCUAUGCAACAAAUCAACAAGUGAAAGCUGAUGUGCAACAUCAUUUAGUUUUUUGGUAGACAUUACAUAAUUUUAUUGCAUUCAUAAAAUGUCACGCUUUUUGGUUUAAUAAAAAACAAAUCAAUUGUUACAAUUGUGAGUUCUAAAAGCAAUAUGAAAGGAAUCUGCUAAUGCGUUGCUAGGCAAUAAAGAAGGCUACAUGUCAUUGUGUAAUUUCUUACAAUUUUGCAAAAUAUUAACAAGUAGAAAUGGGAGGUGUUUCCGCAUGAUUAAUUUAUUCUAGAUUUUACAUUACCGUUAUAAGCUACCAUAACUGUUCAUAGACCUAGUAGUUUAUUGGUGCAAGUCAAAUCAGUUUUAUCCUUUAAAAUAAUGUUAUAGUACUAUCCCAUUAGUCUAUGAGAUACAGCCCAUAGCCAAUGAAAAAACCCAGGGCUCUGUCCCAAAUGAAACCCUAUUCCAUAUACAGUAGUGCACUACUUUGACCAGUGCCCUGGGACACAACUAGGCCUACUGUAUAAGGUUAUUGUCAAUAUGUUGGCUAACCAGAUGGAUCCUCAUUCCCAUGCAGUCAUCCAGAUAGUUAUGUCCUUAUAGGGAUAAACCAGUGAUAGACAGAUAAGCCUGUCUGGAUCAAUGGGACGAGAUGAGAAGGCAAUUGGAUCCAAGUCAUGCGGAGGAAAGGAAUUUGGCCAAAGCUGGAUCCAAGUUGGUCUGACUGUUCUUUUUUAGUUUGAGUGAAUCCUGAGUGUGAUUCACUGGGUUCCAUCUUUAGUCUGCCUAUUCAAGGUGCCAAGAUCUGUAGAGACGACAAACAAUGAGAUCUUUGUUAGUCUUAAAUAACUAUUUGGAUGGUAUUCAGGGGUUAAAGUUACUCUGACAUUAAAGAGCCACUCACUCAACCAAACAUAUAUCUUAUACUAUAGGACUCCUUCAAAACCACAGAACCCCAGUCAGAAGUUGUGUAUUCAAAGUCAAAGACCCACUUCAUAUUCAUUGAUACAUAUACUUUAUUUAUGACAAGAUGUAUAAAUGAUAUAUUUUAUUUUCUGUGCAAUGUUUAUUAUUAUGAUCUGUCUCUUGUAUUGUGUGCACUAAAUGAAACCCCCCCAUAGUUUUUACCUGUGUGGCACAAUAAAGUCUCUUAAAACAACCA